AUGCAGUUUGGUGAAGCGAUUAUUGGCUACCCCCUUUUGAAUAUUGUAAAUACAUCGCUCAGAACAGGAAAGAUGCCUUCGUUGUUGAAGAGGAGUAUUAUAGUCCCAGUACUCAAAGCAUACAAUCCAAAUAAGCCAGAAGACUUGCGAUCCAUCAAUCUUAUGCCAGUCGUCGAGAAAGUUAUAGAAAUAACAGUGCAUGAACAGCUGAGUGAGCAUCUAUAUGAGUUAGCAGAAACUGAUGCAGAGGAUGACGAUGAAGAUGAAAGCUCCAAAACUUAAAAAAAUAUAUAUUUUUUACUAGUAAUUAUUUCAUAUUUUCUUUUGUAACGUUAUUUUGUGUUUUUUUCAAUAAUAAA